AGUCCCGUUCUUUCAGUGCUCUUGUCCACGACCACUCAUCAAAGUUUCCCAUUCAUUUAUAACGCAUAUAUCGAAGGUGGUUGCACCGAUGAACCGAGAUCUCUUCGGCGGAGCCAUUAGAAUGGAAUUACCUUCCAACUUAAUCGACGCAUCGGAUAUUCGACAGGUUCCUGAUACGCAGGAAGUAUUCCUCUAUCCAGACUCUGGCAAGAGCUUUAUUCUGGAAGUCUUGCAGAGAGUAGAACAUUUGAGUCAUGAAGAUGCAGCACAAUUUCAUUUCGACUCUCUCGCGCACGAUAAUUCAGCUACAGCACACAUAGUGCAAGACAUCACGCAUAUACCCAACGAUCGAGGCGACGACACUCCGUCGCAUACAGUCUUGUCGGGACGGCAACAGGUGACCAAAUUCAACAGGACGAUACCAGACGAGAUCCAGAUCUUCAUGGCGGUUUACCGGGUAGAACACAAGAACGUUGAUCUUGUGCUGACUAUGAAUAUCCCUGUUACAUCCGCUGAUGCCGGUGCAGUGGGUGAAGGAGGAAUUCCCGCUGCCAGACAGGAUUUUGAUGUCGCUGCACGUUCUCUGCAAAUUCUGGACUUCAACCUGUUUGUAUGAAGCUUGAGUAAGUACAUCAUUAAAUAUCAUUCAUUUACAGGCCUGCGUGGAUCGUCAGGUUUCACCUCUAACUCGCACGACGCAUUCACACCGUAGAUUACUCGGACUCAUGGUAUGCAUCAUGAAUGGAAGAAACACAUUUUCAAGAUUUUUUUACAUAUAUUUGUUGUGUACUAGUCAUACAAUAGUCCAGUCCAGCGAAUGAAAGAACUCGGAUGUGACUCCAGCAAAUCCCAGGAUCUGGUCAUAUGUUUCUCAAGUAUGCAGAUCAUCCUGCUCCGCCUGAGCUUCAGCUUCGGGAUCCUCUUCUAUACGAUCGUUGACAACCGAAGUAGCUUCUGCUGCCGCCCUUGCCUGCUUCUUACGCUUCGCGGUUUCCUUCAACCGUUCCCACCUUUCUCGGAACUUAUUGAUCAUCGCUUUCUGCGGGCCAGUCAUCCCUGAGACUCAUAAGUCGAGAAUUGCAAUGACGCACCUGUUUCUCGUUGUCAAUCUUUGCCAUACGCAACUCUUCCUCAAGCUCUCGCACUCUGCGCAAGAGUUGGGCUUCUCUAUCCCGGCCAGGUUGUGGAUUCAGUACUGCAACAGCCGCGGGUACUGGCGGUGUGUUGAUCGUCAACGUAGCAAGGUCAACAGGUGCCGGCCCUUGUCGCAUCAUGGAAGAUGUCAUUGCACGUUGAGCCUAGAUAGUAUGUGAAUUUCCGUGCACUGAUCUAUGAGAAGCGGCGCCGCAUAUACCUCCUUCCUAGCUAACAUGAU